AUGCGUCUUUACGCGUCUCGCUUUGCCCCACUUCUGGUACUUCUUGCUAUCGGCGCCGCUGAAGCUUCAACGUGCAAGACGCUGCUUGAUUCCGACAGCACGCUGGCCAAGUCCCUUUCGUCCUGGACCGAAACAGACUUGACUUCAAUCGACUUCAAAACAGUCUUCAAGGAGACCGACACGGCCUUACCCUGGCUGUCCAAGUGCGCCGCAGCCAUCGACCCCAAGGCCGUCUACACGUCGCUCGCCAGCUCCUCCGCAGUGAAAAACAGUAUCUCCGCCAUCGAAAACUUCGACAAAGAUCUCAGCACGGCGAGCGGGUGGUCGAGCAUGUGUACCAUGGCCGAUGGCACCAUCAAGCCGGAUGUCGAGACCGUCAUGAAGGACAUAAUCAUGGACGCGUUUGAUAGCACAGGCGGGUGCUGCGACGACUUCCUUAGCGAAGUCAAGACGCUGUUCGGCGGGGACGCGCUCGACGACAUGGUGACCAAACUCAUAGAGCUCGGUCUCAACAUUCAAUGCAGCGAGAGGACGUUCACGAACCUGAAAGGCACUUCGACGAAGGAAACGUGCGCGUACUCCAUCUGGAACUCCUUCUCCUUCAUCGAGACGGACGAAGAUGCCGACAAGCUCUUGAACCUCGCCCAAAUCCCGAACGACCAGAUGUGCAGCGUGUUCGCCGGCAAGGAGUUCACCAACACCAAUGGCGACACCGCCACGAUUGACUUCGGUACCAACGGUGUGGACACCAUGGGCAUCUGUCUCGAGCCCAUCGACACGAUGACGCAGUACCUCAAGUCUUGGAGCAUCUUCUCGGAGACCAUCGACGCGGACGGCACGAGCGUGUCGCUCUCGGACCUCUUCACCUCAGGCAAGUCCGUCAGCGCCACCCUAUUGCUGGAUUAUGCCGCCUCAUCGUCGGGCUUGCCGCGCAUGAGUCUCCGAGCCACCGAGCAGGUGCUUUUCGCUCUGGGUGUGGCCACCACCGACGACGGCGACAGCGACACCUUCCUCCAGGACAUGUUCGUGGAGAUGCUGGACAGCAUCCGUACGUACUUAGAGUCGGUGCUGGUCCACAUCCCGAACAACGGCGGCUGCACCUUCUCGGACCAGUCGAUCACGCUGCCGUAUUCGGAAGCUGCAGCUGCGGUGAGUACGGGCACCAGUGCAGCCUCGUCGGUCAAGCUGUCGGGCCUUGUGACUGCGAGCGCGGUGCUGGUCUCGUCGGUCUUGGCUACUCUGCUGUUUUAA